GGAGCACCAGGGCUCCGGGAGCUCAGGGCGCACGGCGAACCCCGAGUGAAGUGACGCUGGUGGAUGGACGCUGCUCCCCGGUUCAGGCUGUUCACAGCACGGCCAUGACGGGCAUCCAGGAGUCAGACCUGCAUGAGCAGCACAGAGGACCAACGCAGGAGGAAGAGGAUGAGGAGGAGGAGGGGGAGAAGGUGCAUGUGUCAGUUGAAGCAGAGGAGAGGGAGCAGAAAGGUGGGGAGGACGAGGAGGAGGAGGAGGAGGAGGAAAAGGAAGAGCUGCCGUACCCCACUCUAGCACCAGUGGUUCUUUUGGCUCUGACCCAAACCAGCCCGCCCCGCUCCUGGUGCCUCCGAGCCGUCUGCCAUCCGUGGUUUGAGCGUGUGAGCAUCUUGGCCAUCCUGCUGAACUGUGUGACUCUUGGGAUGUUCCAGCCCUGUGACCACACCCCCUUCCUGCUGCAGGCUCUGGAUGAUGGCAUCUUUGUGUUUUUUGCGGGAGAAAUGGUGGUGAAGAUGGUGGCGCUCGGGGUCAUAGGUCAGAGCGGUUACCUAGGCGACACAUGGAACAGAUUGGAUUUCUUCAUUGUUAUAGUGGGAAUGCUGGAGUACUCACUGGAUGGACACAACGUCAGUCUAUCCGCCAUCCGGACAGUUCGGGUUCUCCGCCCACUGCGAGCCAUCAACAGAGUUCCCAGUAUGCGUAUCCUGGUGACUCUCCUACUAGACACACUUCCUAUGCUGGGCAACGUCUUGGCGCUGUGCUUCUUUGUGUUCUUCAUCUUUGGCAUUGUUGGCGUACAGCUGUGGGCGGGGCUACUGAGGAACCGCUGUUUCAUGGGAGAUGAUGUCAAGAUGAAAUAUAACAUUUCCUUCCUGAACGGCUAUUAUCGGCCUGAUGGCACAGAGGACCACCCCUUCAUCUGUUCAACUGAAAGAGAAAAUGGGAUGCUUCGGUGCUCCGAUGUGCCUCGCCGCCGUGUGGGCGGGUCUUACUGCUUCCUGGGUGCUGAGGAGGCCCAUGCAGAGAUGGGACUGACAGUGGAUGAGCCAGUGUCAUGUGUGAACUGGUAUCAGUAUUACAAUGAGUGUCGUGCCGGGGAAAUAAACCCACACAAAGGAGCAAUUAAUUUUGAUAACAUUGGAUAUGCAUGGAUUGCCAUUUUUCAGGUAAUUACUCUUGAAGGUUGGGUAGACAUCAUGUACUAUGUCAUGGAUGCACAUUCCUUUUACAACUUCAUCUACUUCAUUUUCCUCAUUAUAGUGGGCUCCUUCUUCAUGAUCAACCUGUGCCUGGUCGUCAUCGCAACACAGUUUUCUGAAACGAAGCAGAGAGAACACGCCUUAAUGAAAUCGGAGCAGCGAGCCCGCCAACUCCACCAAUCAGCUUCCACGCUGGCCAGCGACAGCCAACCAGGAAGCUGCUACGAGGAGAUCAUCCGCUACCUGGCACACCUGGGCCGUAAGGCGUGGAGACGACUGUCCCGUUUCUACGCUCAGAGACGCGCACGCUUUCACUGCGUGUGUGCGUGCCAGAAAGACCAGGGUGGUGCAUCAGGCAGAGGGAGCGGAGUUGGGGAGAUGAAUGGACUCGCCCACCGGCACUCAGGCCACGCCCCCAAUGACUUGUCACACCUUCAUCAGCGUUUUCACCAUCAUCACCAGCAUCAUCAUCAUCACCAGCAUCCACCUCAGCCUGAACCUGCUGUCAGUAACGGAGGGAACGGGUUUAAUUAUCCCUUCAUCGCGCCCCUCUUCAGUCACCAGGAUGCAAAGGGCCAAGGCCAGAAGAGGCAGGUUGCCACGGAGACCGUCAACAGGCUGCCACAGCUGGUGCUGGAGCAUGGAGAGAGCAUGAGCGGCGUAGAGACGGGGCAGAGUGAGGGAAGCGAGCGAGAGCGAAUUGGAGGCCCGCAGGAGCUGACAGAUAUUUUGGAGAUCAGUAACAUGGUGUUCACUAGUCUCUUCAGUCUCGAGAUGCUGCUGAAGCUCCUGGCUCUCGGGCUCUUUGGCUACAUCAAGAACCCUUACAACGGCUUCGACAGCAUCAUUGUCAUCAUCAGUGUGUGGGAGAUUGUGGGUGAGGCUGAGGGAGGCUUGUCAGUGCUGCGUACAUUUCGUCUCCUGAGAGUUUUGAAGCUGGUCCGGUUCCUUCCCGCCCUGAGGAGGCAGCUGGUGGUGCUGAUGAAAACCAUGGACAAUGUGGCCACCUUCUGCAUGCUGUUGAUGCUCUUUAUAUUCAUAUUCAGUAUCUUGGGGAUGCAUCUGUUCGGCUGUAAAUUUGGUUUGCGACAAGACAGUGGAGACACUUUACCUGACAGAAAAAACUUUGACUCCCUGCUCUGGGCGACUGUCACUGUCUUUCAGAUCCUCACCCAGGAGGACUGGAAUGCAGUGCUCUAUAACGGGAUGGCCUCCACCACGCCGUUGGCUGCCCUCUAUUUUGUCGCCCUCAUGACCUUUGGCAACUACGUCCUCUUCAACUUGCUUGUAGCCAUUUUGGUGGAGGGCUUUCAAGCUGAAGGUGAUGCCAACAGAUCUGAGGCUGAUGAUGAGAGACAAUCCAUCUGUUACGAGGAUGAGGAGAAGCUCAGGGAGCUGUACGCUGCAGAGCUUAAAAUCCAGGCCAUGAUGUUGAGCCCCAACGGUCUCUUGAACCCCAAAGCCUCCAUGCCUCACCCUCCACCUCCACCUCUGCCGGUCAUCACACACACCGCAGCUACGCCCACCAUAAACUCCAGCCAGUCGCGUCGGGCGAGUGCUGCUUCCAUGGACGUCCACAGCCUUGAGCAGAGGUCGCCGUUGUCUUCACAGUCUCUGUGGGACGGCGGGCCAGAGAGCCGUCGCUCCAGCUGGACCAGCAUCGGCCGAGCCCCCAGCCUCCACAGGAAGAGCCAGUCAGGGGAGAUGGAGUCCCUGCUCUCCGACACGCACACCAGCUCCAACCCCAGCAGCAGGGAGCAGUCUCUGGACCAGUCAGAGUACCUGCAGGUGCCCAUACUGCACUCGCCCGACUGCAACGGCACCACCUUCCACCUCCCGGAGCACGGCUACGACGACGCCCCCCUGACGUCACAUUACCCAAGUGAUCAGGAAGAGGAGGUGUUUGAGGAGAGUUUAUGUAAGAAGCUGAAGAAGAUUCUGGAGCCGUAUGAGCCUCAGUGGUGCCUGGAGCAUGAAGAGUGGUCCCUCUAUCUGUUCUCCCCACACAACCGGUUCAGGUUGUGGUGUCAGAGGGUCAUAGGUCACAAGAUGUUUGAUCACGUCGUCCUCCUUUUCAUCUUUCUCAACUGCAUCACCAUCGCGCUGGAGAGACCUGACAUUCAGCCUCACAGCAUGGAACGGAUUUUUCUCAGUGUGUCCAAUUACAUCUUCACUGUGAUCUUCGUGGGCGAAAUGAUGAUCAAGGUGGUAGCUAUGGGCCUGUACUUUGGAAACGGUGUGUACCUGCAGAGCAGCUGGAACGUCUUGGACGGACUGCUGGUGUUUGUGUCGCUGGUGGACAUCCUGGUCUCCCUGGCAUCAGCGGGUGGUAAUCGAAUCUUCGGCAUCCUCCGGGUCCUUCGGCUGCUUCGCACGCUGCGGCCGCUCAGGGUGAUAAGUCGGGCUCCAGGUCUAAAACUGGUGGUCGAGACUCUGAUCACAUCGCUCAGACCCAUUGGGAAUAUUGUUCUCAUCUGCUGUGCUUUUUUCAUCGUGUUUGGAAUUCUGGGAGUCCAGCUCUUUAAAGGGAAAUUCUUCUAUUGCGACGGCCUUAAUGUGAGUUACAUCACCAAUAGGACCCAGUGUCUGCAGGCGGGCUACCGCUGGGUUCGACGGAAAUACAACUUUGACAACCUGGGACAGGCGCUGAUGUCACUCUUUGUGCUGUCAUGUAAAGACGGCUGGGUCAGCAUCAUGUAUGACGGCCUGGAUGCCGUCGGAGUGGACCAGCAGCCAAUAAGAAACCACAAUCCUUGGAUGCUGCUCUUCUUCAUCUCCUUCCUCCUCAUCGUCAGCUUCUUUGUGCUCAACAUGUUUGUGGGCGUGGUGGUGGAAAACUUUCACAAGUGUCGCCAGCAGCAAGAGGAGGAGGAGGCCCGGCUGAGGGAGGAGAAACGACAGAAACGACUGGAGAAGAGGAGGAGAAGGGCCCUGGAAAAGCCAUAUUACGCUGACUACUCCCCACUGCGUCGAUCCAUCCACACCGUGUGCACCAGCCACUACAUGGACCUCUUCAUCACCAUCAUCAUCUUCACAAACCUCCUCACCAUGAGCAUGGAGCACUACAACCAGCCUCAGUACCUCGAGGAGAUUCUGAAGUACUGCAAUUACGUCUUCACGGUGGUUUUUGUCAUCGAGGCCAUUCUCAAACUCAUCGCUUUUGGCCUGCGCCGCUUUUUCAAAGAGAGAUGGAACCAGCUGGACCUGGCCAUUGUGCUGCUGUCCAUCAUGGGAAUUACCCUGGAGGAAAUAGACCUGAGUGCUUCCCUGCCUAUCAACCCCACCAUCAUACGCAUCAUGAGGACCCUGAGGAUAACACGAGUGCUGAAGCUGCUGAAGAUGGCUACAGGGAUGAGAGCUCUGCUGGACACAGUGAUGCAAGCGCUGCCUCAGGUGGGGAAUCUGGGUCUGCUCUUCAUGUUGCUGUUCUUCAUCUAUGCAGCUCUGGGAGUUGAGCUCUUUGGAAAACUGGAGUGUUCAGACGAGAACCCAUGUGAGGGUCUUAGUCGCCACGCUACCUUUGACAACUUUGGCAUGGCUUUCCUCACGCUCUUCAGGGUGUCCACCGGGGACAACUGGAAUGGGAUUAUGAAGGACACACUGCGAGAGUGUCGGCCGCAGGAUCGCCACUGCCUCACCUACCUGCCCUUCAUCUCCCCCGUUUACUUCGUCACCUUCGUCCUGACGGCACAGUUUGUGCUGGUCAACGUGGUGGUGGCCGUUCUGAUGAAGCACCUGGAGGAGAGCAACAAGGAGGCACAGCUGGAGGAGAUGGAGGAGAGGAGGGAGAGGGAGGAGAUGAGAGAGAGGGAGGAGAGGAGGGAGAGGGAGGAGGCCAACAGACGCCUCAGUACCGCAUCUAUGGGCGGAGACCUGGAGCUGAAUGCGGACACACCUGCCCAGGUGCAAGUUGAGGAUGAGGAGUGUUCCCAUGGCAACCUGCUGAGCAUGGGACGCAUGCUGUCUCUCCCCAGCGACAGCUACGUUCAGCCACUCAGAUGUUCCCCUUAUGUUCCCAUUGGCCACGAGGCCUACUCCGGCUACAGCUACUCAGGCUCCAUGUCAUCUCUGGGCUCCAGCGGAGGCGGUUCUCUGCUGCAGGUUCCAGGAGCUCUGCCCACCAUCAGCCACGCUUCACUGGGGUCUGGACGCAGCUCAAGGCCAAUGAUCUGCCUCAGCACCUCUCAGAGCAUCGACAGACACUCCCUACACAGACUCAGUCCAGCUAACAGCAUAGAAGGAUACAGGUUUAGUCCAGCUCACAGAACAAACAGACACAGACUGAACUCAGCUCACAGUAUAGACGGAUACAAGCUCAGCCCAGCCCAUCGAAUCCACAGACACAGACUGAGCUCCACUCGCAGUAUGGACGGAUACAGGCUGAAUCCAGAUCACAGCGCGGACAAACCGAAGCUCAUGUCCAGCCACAGCAUAGACAGACAUCCGUCCCUCAGACUGAGUCCCACACACAGUGCCAGCAAACGUCCAUCUCACUGGCUCAGUCCCGAAGACAGUUUAGACAGAAACAAGCUGAGUCCCUCCUAUGUUCCAGAUUCUUCAGUCAUGAAAAGACCGGCAUCUUUCCGCACCGCAAGCCGACAGUUACGGAGACAGGAGGCUGUGCGCUGUGACUCUCUGGAUCAGAGCGGUUCAGCUGACGAUCUGGCAGAGCCUCGCCUCACCGUGCCCGCUGCCUCCUCCACGCCGACACGCCAGCGCUCGUCCAGUGUACACACACUGAAAUAUACACACCCCCAGAGGGUGAUCUUGAGCCGGAGCCACAGCCGGAGCCACAGUGAAACCACUGCACAGGAACAUGUACCAGAGCAGGCCAUCUGCGUCUCACAGCCAGAACCAGACGCCAAGAAGAGGCCUGUCAGCCCACAGAGCCUGUCCAGUUUGAAGGUGCCCAGCGGUGAAUCUACUCUGUCUGUGCCACUCUGUGGCCCCGGCAGCAGCUCAGAGCCUGUCGCCCAGUUAGAUGAUGCUGACGAGGAAGUCAGUCGCAUUAACAGUUCUGUUCACUCACACACACAACCUCCUCCCAGCUGCUCACACAAAAGCAGACACCUUACCCCGAGUCCCGGGGAGCACAGGAGCCGCCUCAGCCAAUCAGUGUCCCCAGUUUCUGGCAGGAACAGGAAGCAGCGGAUGAGCCCGCCGCCGGGAGAGGAGCCAGUUACUACGUCAACCCAGCUAGUGGACAGCAGCGUCGAGCUGAGGAGGCGGACUCUGUCGUUUGACGCCACAACCCUCUCUCCUAAUCAGCCGGAGGGAAGUUCUGUGGACGACUAAACAAACCCAGUGACAGGUUUGGUUUACUCUCUGGAGCAGAGCAGCCAAAUGUGCUGCUGAAGCACGCGAGAAGGACGGAAGCAGCAAUCCAAAGCAGGACGGAGGACAGUUUCCUGAGCCGCCCCUCGCCUCGUCCACUCACAAGAUUUUCACAGGGUGUGUGAGCAGAACUCAGACUGUGUGUAUGAGUGUGUAUGUGUUCAAAGACUUUGACCCUUUUGUGCUGUUUGCACACGAUGCACACAAGAAGAAGUUUCCUUUUCUUCUAUCAUAGUCCUAGCUUUAGUUCAGGCAUAGUAGCCACUUCCCAGCUAUAUUUACUCAAACACUAACCUUCCCCUUGCUUGCUCUCCUCCUUCGGCCCUCACUCAUCCUUUUCCUCGCACCUCAAGCCUAGGUCAGAAUACAAGACAAAACGACUCUGAAAGUGCAGUACAGCUGACGUACACAAAGAUAUGUAGACAAAGAAACCACACAGUGAGCUUUUUACAUUAGCAAUUAAUGUGCUGAUUAUUUUCCUGAUCAAUCAAUUAUUCUUGCAGUCUAUAAAGCAUCAAGGGACCAAGGCGACAUCUUCUAAGAGCUUUUCUUGUCCCAUUAAAGUCCAGACAACAGAUAUUCAUUUCACCAUAACAUUAGAUGAAGAAAAUAAUCAAAUAUUCAGAUUUGAAGGCUUAAAUUUGAAAUAUUUUUGUGUUUUUGCUUGAAACUCAAUCAGCCUCUUGUUCAAGUCGUUGCUGCUGAUACAUUUUCUGUAAACUAACCAAUUUAUCAGCUGGUUCUUUCAGCACUACGAACAUCUCAGUCGGUGACAAUUUGCCAGAAUCAUAAUUUUUUCUCUCAGUGGUGCAGAAAUUACAGUUUAUGUUUACAAAAGAAAUGAAAUUUUUAAGCGAGAAACUUACAAAACAUAAUGAUGAUGAACAAUUUUAUAAGAAAAAGACCUAAUUUGUAAUUGCACACUGAUAUAAAUGGUGCAGGCACAAUGCCGUUUUAUAAAAGAUCUAUUCCUCAAAAAAAUGUCAUAAAUUUAAAAAAAAAAAAAAAGUACAGCAGCUUGUUAAAAGUGGAGUUUUUGUUUUUAAAUAUGAUUCAUUUUUUUCUUACCUACAGUCAACUGCCACUGGGUGUUGCUUGAUUGUUCACGGAUUUAAGCCUGAGAAACUUUGAUAUCUUGUUGAUUUUCGGAGGGGAGCCUCCCACGCUUGAAACAACUUCAGCCCUGACAGCCUGAAAAAAUCAAUUUGCUCCUUGAACCUUUAAGUUGAAAUCAUGUAGUGUGACCUAGGCUUUAGUAGUUUCUACCUCGCUUUUUCCUGAUCCCACCCAUUUGAAUGUUCAGUCGGCUUAGUUUUGUCACUCCCCUCCACCUUCCUUCUCUCUGUCUUAGUAUUCUCAGGGUAGAGGUAGUUCAGACACAGCUCGGUGUGAAGCAUGUGAUCGGAGCUCUGCAGAGCGAGGGCGCCCCCUGCUGUCUGAACCUGGAGCCGGCCCCCUCUUCUCCCGACGCUGGAGGAGAGUAUACUGUAUGGGUGCGGGGUGAAAACUUCAGACCGAAGCAGAUGUACAGAAGGGCUUAUUCAGGUGAUUAAACAGUGAGUGAAACUUAGUAGAAAAGGCUAUAUUUUAUUAACACAGCAGAGAUGAUAUGAGAACUACAAAGGUAAAUUUCUACAUUUAUGAAUGUUAAUUAAUCUGCUGGUGAUGCUGAGGAUGGAUGACGAGGAUGCCAGUGUUACAAGAUUAUAACUAUGAUGAUGAUGACUCUGGAUGAUGCAAAUGUUUAUAGCGUUGUGCAACGUUCCUGCGGAUUCCUGGGGAGCAGGGAAUGAUACCCAGUGAGCGAUACAUGAUUGGACAGUGCUGGAAUAAAACCACUUUCUGUCUGACUUUCA